AUGUUGGUCAUACUCCCUGUCGCCAAUGCGGGCGGCUGGGAAGACUUUUCAAACAAUCUCGCAACCGACCUUGCGCCAUUCUUAUCCCUUUUCGGUGAACAGAUCACACAACAAUAUCUGAGUGAGAGUAUUUCCAAGAUUGAUUACUUCAUUUUCGCAAUGGCACCGAUGGGUAUCCUCACAGGGGUGGUAUCUGCAAUUCGCGUGCGUGGGACCCCGUCGCUACGGGCUUUCAUCGGCAGAGCCCAAGAAGGGGCGGGAAACGCAGAGGCCGAGCUAUGUACCUCCACCAGCCGGGAUGUAUGUGAGCUAUACAAUAAUGGUGGGAUUGCGCGCGUCUUUGGCCGCCCAAAAAUGCUAGAGAUUAUUCACGAUCCUGACCACGAUUUCGAAAACCCGCCGAAUGAUAAAGCGGGCAUAUACACAUUCCACGAAUAUGUCACGGAAAAGCCGAAUACGCCCUGGCAAGAGAAAGAAAAGAUCGAAAAGCACAGCACAACCCACAAGAUCAAACAACACGACGUGGAGUCCAAAAUCACUGAGCAACAAAGUCCGCCCCCUCCUACAUUUGCACCAAACCUCUCUCUCAACAUCGGAAUCAAGAAACAACCCGACUAUGUGUUCAAAUUGAUUGCUGCUGGUGGCUUGUCCCUGCAAGCUGGAGUUUUGGCUUUCGCUGGCUUUGCAACAUACUACCUGAAAUGGGGCAACGAUGACAAGCCCCCAGAGCCUUAUGCGUGCCCUCUGAUGAUCAUUGGAACUUUUCUCGUCUGCGGAGGAAUGUAUCAUUGUGCGUUCCUCAUUGGCCAGAGUACCAGAAAAGAUAUCUGGACUCGUAAGAAGAAUCACGCCGACAUUUCGUGCAUGUAUUGGGUCCAGCCAGGAGGUCAAAUUGUCGGCGAUCAAACCUUCGAUGCGUUCUGUUAUACAGAUAGGGGAAAUCCUUUGCAGACCUACAUGACCUCCAAGAGAGACAUGGGAUCCAAUGAACCGAGACUUGGGAUCUGGAUAGCCAUCGGAACAACAAUCUCUGGAUUCAUCUUACAAUUCACCGGCCUUCGAGGUAUACAUUCAGCUGUCAUUAUUGCCCAGCUGGGAGCUAUCAUAAUCAUGAGCAUAGCGAGAGCCGCUCUCCGCAUGCAGCGAUUGGAGCCUUCAGACAACUCCUUUGCCGGUUUUCCGGAUGAGGUUCUUGGCCACGAGCUAGACUGGCUCGCUAUGCGCAUCGGCCGAGAUACAAUCGAGAGGGAUAUUGAAGGGCUUUAUAAGGACACCGAGAAUGCUAUAGACGGUGACAACAGAAGUCCUUUGACGAGUUUGUCGUCUUCUCAGCCACCACUCAAGUCAACAUUCAGUCGCCCGUCAUCCAAUGUUCAGCGUCGUCACUUCUGGAGAAUCGACAACGCAAUCGAUGCAAGACGCCCUAGUAUCCAAUCUUCAACCCCAAUACAUCCACACAAUGCUGCUGCCACAUUGUUAGCCUAUCGAACCCGACUUGCGGCACUUACCGACUCGUCUACAUUGUCUGCCACGUCUACCAGAGAUUUCAAGACCGAGAUGGUCGAAGUUCGGACUGAAAGUCGAAAUCUGGGUGGCCUGAUUGAGGCAACAUUUAGGGAAAUCCUUUCAAAAGCCACAAUCAAGAAAGAUUGGAUUGCUGAGAUGAAUGGAUCCCAAUCAAUUUUUUGGAGCAUCAGUUGCAGCCUCUCGGAGGCAACUUCAAUUGAUAUGAAGAAGCAUGUUAUCUACAUCGAGCUUGUCCGCGAGGAUCCGGGUGUGAAAGGCAGUCCGUGGAUUAUCAAGGAUCAGCGGAUGUUGGAAGGCAUCCUCGGACUGUGGGCUUGGUCUUUGAAGUCUGACCCCGCAAUAGAGGUGCAAGACCCAGAUACCGGCCUCACAAAAUCUCUGGCUAGUAAUGUACAAGCACGUCGGGUUAUUUCCAGUGAUCAAAUGAAUCAAUCGGAUUUGGGCAUGUGGCUUGGAGAGGACAUCAACAAUAUAACGAAAUACGACAUCAACGGCUUAACAAAGCAAGAAAAGAAUCAGCAACGUAUGCCCUUUGAUUCAAACAGCGCCCACGACGCGAGUGAAGUGUGGAAAAAGAUAGAGAAUGCAGGCGAGAAAUUCAACAGCAAAAUGCAUCCGGCUAUUAAUUCACGAGAACAGCUAUUUCGCUUUUUUGGUUGGAAUGCUGCAAAUAUCUCGCGAGAUCAGCGUUCCAUGCAAUCUGACCUUUGGUCUGCCCCAAUCAAAGGCUCGCUUGUGUCGGCUUGUGCCCAGGAAGUCUUUGUUUCAUUCCUCGUGAGCGUACUUGACAUCGUCGAAGACUUUGGGCCCGUCAAUGUUCAAGAGGGAGAAACCUUUCGACUGGAGAACAGCCUGCUGACUGACCUUCUCGGGCUUUUUACGGAGAUGGGACUGGGGUCCAGGCAGGAAGCGCUGGUUUGUCUUGUACCUUUGAUGAUAUCUUGUCUCGAGGUCCCUCCAGCAGAAGGUGCUUUAAUAGCAGCAAGGGAGGCUGCCACUAAGCAUCGACGAUGCGAGAAUUGGCAGAAAGCGGAGAAGCUUCUACGAUGGGCGUGGAACAUCUGCACUCGGUCUGGGAGUUCCUGUGAAACUAUGGGCGUCGAAUUUCAAGGUCACAUCCCGGUAUCCGGGAACGAACUUGAGAGACAAGCCACAGUCGCUCUGUGUGAGCUAUAUCGUUGGGCCUUGAUUGAGGGUAACCAGAGAGCAUUUGGUCAACAUGGAAUAUCCUGGCUCAAUGAGCAGAAGCCCAGCCAAUCAGUCUCUGCGUGCGAGACUAUCGAUCACUACGUAUUUGUUGCAGAAAACAUCGCACAGCAUCUCCCUAGUGACACGGACCUUGCUGCCAUGGAAAAAAAGUAG